AUGGCGUCAUCGUCGAGCAGUGGGUUAACGUUCAAGCUCCAUCCACUGGUCAUUGUCAACAUUUCCGAUCACUACACUCGGAUCAAGUCCCAGUCUUUACCCCCUCCCACCACCACUCACGCUCCCUCCGCCUCCAACGGCGCCGACGCUGAAUCCUCAUCGCCGCCUCAGCUUCCACUCCGAGUGUUCGGAUGCGUUAUAGGCGUCCAACGCGGCCGUACUGUUGAGAUAUUCAACAGUUUCGAGCUCCUAUAUGAUCCAUCUACUCACUCCCUGGACCGUGCCUUCCUGGAGAAAAAACAGGAACUCUAUAAGAAGGUGUUUCCAAAUUUUUAUAUACUAGGAUGGUACUCGACGGGGAGCGACGCCCAAGAAUCCGAUAUGCUCAUUCACAGAGCUUUGAUGGAUAUCAAUGAGAGCCCUUUAUAUGUUCUUCUCAAUCCGUCAAUCAACCCUGCUCAGAAAGAUUUGCCAGUUACAAUUUUUGAAAGUGAAUUGCAUGUGAUUGAUGGUAUCCCCCAGCUUAUUUUUGUUCGGUCCAGCUACACAAUAGAGACAGUUGAAGCUGAACGAAUCUCCAUUGAUCAUGUUGCACAUCUUAAACCAUCCGAUGGGGGUUCAGCUGCAACUCAAUUGGCUGCUCACCUUACAGGCAUACACAGUGCCAUCAAGAUGCUGAAUAGCAGAAUCAGAGUACUUCAUCAUUAUCUUCUUGCAAUGCAGAAAGGUGAUGUUCCUUGUGAAAAUUCAUUGCUAAGGCAAGUAUCUAGUCUCUUAAGAAGAUUGCCAGCCAUUGAAUCUGAAAAGUUUCAGGAUGAUUUCUUGAUGGAAUACAAUGACACGUUAUUGAUUAGUUACCUUGCCAUGUUCACCAACUGCUCGAGCACGAUGAAUGAGCUGGUCGAUAAAUUCAACACUGCAUAUGACCGGCAAAGUCGCAGGGGUGGACGGAGUGCUUAUAUCUGA